AAGACUAGUAAGGUUGACAACUUCCAGCCUCCUUAGGAAAAAGCGUAGUUGGAGACGGUACCUAAACCACAAAACAUUUCCCAACUUCAUCACUUACUUAGGUACCUACCUUACCCUUCCUUUUGCCAAACAAGGUCAUAUCUCCGACCGCUUCUUAUUGCUGAAGCUGUAUACUACAUGCUUCUUUUUUUUCUAUUCGAAAGCGAUUUUAUUUCAACUCUAACGCAUCCUUAAUUGACUUUUCCUGUGCGCCCGAAUCAUUGUUCGACAUCUUCAAACGCCGAGCUCUUCCACAAAUCGAAGCCUGAGUGAGGCCUCGGCUGCGCAAUAAUGUCUGCCGAUCCCAGCGUUGAUGCCGCCGCGCCGGCGCUUAACCUGACCCCCGAAGAAAAGCGAGUAUACGGUCAACUCUUCCGACAAGCAGACACCGAUAAUGUCGGCGUUGUGACGGGCGAAGUAGCUGUGAAAUUCUUCGAAAAGACAAGGUUGGACUCGCGCAUUCUUGGUGAGAUCUGGCAAAUAGCAGAUAAGGAGAAUCGUGGCUUUUUAACACCUGCCGGCUUUGGAUUCGUCUUGCGACUCAUCGGUCAUGCUCAAGCCGGACGAGAACCGACACCUGAACUCGCUCUUCAGCAAGGCCCCUUACCGCGGUUCGAAGGAAUUAACAUCAAUGCCAAUGUCCCCCCAGCUCAACCACCUAUACAGGCACAGGGGACAGGUAAUACCCCUAUACGGAUACCACCUCUGACGCCUGAGAAGGUUGCCCAAUAUGCUGGACUAUUCGAGAGACAAAAUUUGCAGAAUGGUGGCAUACUACCUGGUGAUCAGGCAAAGAAUAUAUUCGAGAAGUCAGGCCUGCCCAACGAAGUUCUAGGACGCAUCUGGCAGCUUGCCGAUACGGAGCAAAGGGGAGCACUUGUACUGACCGAAUUUGUAAUUGCCAUGCAUCUUCUCACUUCUAUGAAGACUGGUGCUCUAAGAGGUCUCCCGAAUAUUUUACCUGCCGCGCUCUACGAAGCUGCUACGAGACGCGGCUCGGCAUCGGGACGGAGCCCAACAACCGCAAUCCCGCCUGUACCCGCUAUACCACGACAACUGAGCGGACAGGCGCACUUACGGACGACAAGCCCUCUAGGAAGACCACCUCUAGGUCCUCAGCCUACAGGCGUAGCCCCGCAAACGACUGGAAGUGAUUGGUUGAUCACGCCUGCUGACAAGGCAAGAUUCGAUCAGUUUUACGCCGAUCUAGAUAAGACGAACAAGGGAUACAUCACUGGCGAGGAAGCUGUGCCGUUUCUGAGUCAAUCUAGCUUGGCCGAGGAUGCGUUGGCCCAGAUUUGGGAUCUUGCAGACAUCAAUUCGGAAGGUCGGUUGACACGAGAUACGUUUGCGGUUGCUAUGCACCUCAUCCGUCAACAGCGAAGCAGGCGAGAUAUGCCACUGCCUACGACCCUUCCUCCGAACCUCAUCCCCCCUUCUAUGCGAAACCAGCCGCCUCGUCCUCCAAUCGGCCCGUCCCCGUUCGAUGCCCCAGGUUCACCGACGCAGCUACCGCCUCGACCCCAGCAGAUACCUCAACCUAUACCUCAGCCGAUAGCUCAGCCGAAAUCUGCCAUUGAUGAUCUAUUUGGUCUUGAUGCCUCGCCUAGCCCCGCUCCACCCCAAGUUCCUGUUUCGACAGGAGGCUCAGCAACGAGGGAUCCAUUCGCUAGCGGACCACCAGCUUCGCCGCUCCGGGCUUCCCCUACUGGUAAUACAUUCAGGCCCUUUGUUCCGUCCUCUUCCUUCGGCAAAACUUUGACUUCUCACGAUACCGGUGGUUCGACCGGUUCGGCUGCAAGGGCACCUGCUCCUCCUGUCUCCGCUAUGGACGAUCUCCUUGGAGACAACGAUCCGGAAAUCAGCAAGAAGCUCACAAACGAGACGGCAGAGCUAGCCAACCUAUCCAACCAAGUUGGUUCCUUGUCAAAGCAGAUGCAACAGGUACAAGGACAACGUAGCUCGACGCAAAACGAGAUCAGCCAGGCAAGCGAGCAGAAGAAGAACUUUGAACAACGCCUGUCUCAACUACGCGCAUUAUACGAGAAGGAAGCCCAAGACGUCCGUACUCUAGAAGAACAACUUCGAAAGGUACGCGAAGAGACCAAAAAGCUUACGAACGAGUUGAUUGUAAUCGACGGCACCUACAAGGACUUGCAGACCCAGCACCAGCAAGUCGCUCAAGCUCUUCAGGCUGAUCAGCAAGAAAAUGCGGCUCUUAAGCAGCGGAUCAGCUCUGUCAAUACCGAAAUUGCGCAAUUAAAACCGCAACUAGAAAAGUUGAGAUUAGAAGCUCGACAGCAAAAGGGAAUGGUUGCUAUUAACAAGAAGCAGCUUUCCACGGUCGAGGGCGACCGGGACAAGCUGAAGAGCGAAAUGGAGGAUCUUACAAAGAGCAAUGAAGAGCUGUCCCGUCAGAUUAAUAGCAGCUCGCCGGUGGCAACCUCUACUCAGGUUGCUAGUCCAGCUCCGUCGACUGCCAGUGCUAAUAAUCCGUUCUUCAGGCGGACCGGGAGUACAGACAUAAUGGGCACAUUUACUUCGCCUCCUGUUAAGCCGUACGGCGAAAAGUCCUUCAACGACAUCUUUGGUGAUUUCGGGUCCGAGAGCACUUCAUCACCUCCGAUAACUUCGUUUAAGCACCAGGAUACCGGUGGCUCUACAGCUAGCAUAGGAUCUUUUGCUACACCGACCAGUUCCACGCCCACCCAGCCCAACGCGAGUCUCGCACCGUUCGGUGAGACGUCCGAGACUCUAUCACCUUCGCGACAAGUUUCUCCCCCUGUUAGCAGGUCUGGUGACAGCGUCGCAACUCCCUCUGCCUCGACUUCUACUCCUGCUCCGUUGGAGCCCGCGUCUACUGGUCAGAGUUUCGCCUCGGCAUCGGAUACCAACCAAAGAUGGUCCCCUACACAAACCGAAGAGAAAUUCAAGGGCCCUAACGAAGGGUCUAUUCCCGGCUCGUUUCCUGACGAGACCCCCACAGCUCCUGCUCCCACCACGCCUUAUGCUAGCAACAGGGACAGUGACCUAUUUGUGAACAUGAAAAAUUCUGGUGAUGCAAAGGUAGAUUUCGAUUCCGCUUUUGCAAGCAUGGCCAGCACCUCGGGCAAGCCUCAGGACAAGUCUACCAAAGAUAGUUACAAGGCAUUCUCGACAUUUAGCUCAGAAUUCCCUCCUAUUUCCGAGCUUGAGAGAGACGAUGAAUCGGACUCUGCCAGCGAGGGAAACCGAUUUGACGAUGAUUUCGCGCCCGCAUCUCCCCCCGACAAAAAGACCGAAGCCAAGGAGCCCCAAGCCCCGGCUUCUCCCGCAGCUUCAAAAUCAAGCACUGCCGUAACCGACGGCCCGGCCGCAGAGACGGCAUCUCACGCCUCCCACCCUUCUAAUGAAUUACCAAAUUUCCCUGAGCCGCCGAGAGCCUCUCCCUCAUUCUCUUCCCCGUCGGGGGCUGGAGAAUCAUUCACCCCUACUCCAACUACAGUAAUAAAUGCAACAGCCACCGCACCUAAGAACGCCUUCGAUGACCCAGAUGAUGACUUCGCCGAUCUCGAAGACGCCAAAGAGGGUUCAGCAGAUGACGAGUUUGCUAACCUAUCUAGAUCGAAUCUCGAUGAUUUCAACCCUGUAUUUGACAGCAGCCCGCCGCCAAGCCAGCCGAAGAGCGAAUCGACUAACGUUUCAAACGCAUUUGGUAUUGACAGCAGCUAUGAUUUCGGCACGGUCUCAUCUACAUCGGCUGCUACUGCUGGUGCCGGUCCAACUAACAAUACAAACGCCCCUUCUUUCCCCGGUCAAGUUCCCGCAGCGCCAAACAACCAAGAUUGGGAGGCACUUUUCUCUGGCUUCGACUCGCCAAGCGACGUACCUACCAAGAACAACGAAGAAAACAAGAGCCCUGUUCAAAGUCAGAGCUCGGGCAGACCCAGUACUGCAGGAAGAGCAUUGAGUGACGAAGGAAAGCACGAUGAUCCCAUCGUCAAGAACCUCACUGGCAUGGGUUACUCGAGAACGGAGGCUGUGAACGCUCUAGAGAAGUACGAUUAUAAUUUGGAACGGGCUGCGAAUCACCUCGCUAACCAGUCCUAAAACCUAGGUCUAGCAUACCAAAUCCCCAUCUUGAGACAGAAGAUUAAUGAUUAUUUGUUUUGAUUCGUGAGAUACCUCAUUUGUAUAGGCGCCGAGCAUGUAGGACCUUUGGAAGUUUGCGCAAACGAACUGGAAGCUGAAUUGCGAAGCUCAAUAAGGAAGAGCCAACAAGGCCUUGCAAGUUUGACCCAAAAAAAAGGCCAAUGAUUAAUGUAUAGUUCUGUAUGUAAUUCUUUGUCGUAAAAUCCCUAAAUGUUGCCUCUACAAACCAGAUAUAAUUUCUUAUCGACAAUUUACUUUUAACCCCUUAAA